UGAAUCACAUUGAAACUAUUCGAAUAAUAUUAAUAAUAAUAAUAUUAAUUAAAUUAAUGUCGAUGUGUUUUGUAGUGUCAGUUUGUUUGUGAUGAAAAAUUGCUAUUUGUCAAAUUUUGUCUAAAUAAGGCAAUGUUUACUGCUGUCGUAGAAACCGUAGAAUUUUGCAGUAUAAAUUGUCGGACCGGGGCUUUAGCGCAUUACCGGCUGAUUGAAAAACGCUCCACACACAGCUGCGAUCUAGUUUGCCAGCAUGUUUCGGGAAUUUGUUUUUUGUGUUUUGGUGUUUCUGCGGCGUUCAGAUAUCUGAAUCGGCUAUCACUGCUUGGUCCGAGACGGGUGGGGGCACAAUAACAGGAGCCGAUGGAACAAUAACACUUGCUGCACCAAUGUCCGAGAACUCACCUGUGGGAACAACAGUUGCAACGCUUACAGCUACCACUGGUGCCACCUCAGUGGACUCAUACACGGUCACCGGAACUCCAAGUAACGUUGUGGAAAUAGCCACAUCUACUUCAGGCGAAGUAACGCUUAAAGCCCUAGUGGACUACGAAGCAAAUACAGAGUUGGUUCUUUUAAUCAUAGCAACAGAUGAUACCUCUGCAACUGGAACAGCUACGGUUACGGUGUCAAUUGGGGAUGUCGCCGGGCCCCCUUUUACAACAACAACAAAAGAGUUAUGCGUAGCCGAUGGUUUAGGUCCAGGAGAAUCGGUUGGUGAUGUUUCUGUUUCUGUUACCGGCAGUGUCGUUACGUAUGCGGAUUCUGAUGCCACCUUUGAUGUUGAUUCAGCUACUGGAGCUGUGACAACGGCUUCCGGUAUUACUCUCGACAAGGCCACAGCAGCCGAACAUACGGUCACCAUUACUGGCACCGUCACUGGUGGUGAAAGCAACGACCUUACACUGACGGUGAAAGUCGGUGGGUGCAGCGGGAAGGAAAAAAUGGCUGCCGCUCUCGGAAGCCUUCUGUUGUCUCUGCUUGCGUACACCAUUCUUUCCCUGUAAAAGACUUUGAUAAUUUUUUAGUGUGCCCUUAUCGAUUCUCGCAUUGUUUAUGUAUAUGUAUCAUGGAUUUUACCUAAAGAGCCAAAGACUUUGCAUACCAAAAGUGAGACAUUUUUCGACGCUUAAUAUUUAGGUGCCAUAUUGUGGACGACUUCUAAUAACAAAGGCUUUUAUUUAAAUUAAUUAUUUUAAGUACUUCAACAAACGAAGAUUUGAACAAAAUCAAACGAGGGAUUCAUUCAGUUGAUGUUGGCAUGGAAUGAUUUAAACUGCGUUUCAAUUGAGCUAUACUAUUUACAAGUUUCAACAGACACCUCACAUCAAUUAUUAACAAAAUUGUAAUUAUAAGUAUAUUUUCGAAACUGUUACGAAUGUCUUGGCGAAACAUAGCAUUUUGUGUCACAUAAAAAAAUAAUUAUAACAAAAAAGAUAAAAUUUGAACUUUUAGUGAUUAAUUGAAUUAAGGUAAUUUUAUCCUAUUUACCACGAUACUAAUCUAGUUAAUGUCUGACAACGAGUUUCUGUUAUUAUUACUAAUGAAGUUCAGAUUAAAAUACAUAUAAUUGAAUUCAAUGGGAUUGUGAGUCGAAAGGUGACUGUUUUGUUAAUGCACAAGUUUAAUUUCUUUUCUCUAUAACCAGUAUACGGACUACUUUGAUUGUGAAUGUUUUAGUGAAUAGUUUAAACUCUAAUAGGGUAUUAGCUAUUUCGAUUAUCAAAUAAGUCAUACAAUUCAAAUGACAAUGCAUAGAACAGUUAAAACAUUUUGCGAAAUGAAUCAACGAAGACAAAUGUCAUUAGAUAUAGGUACAAGUGUACAAAUUGUGUUACUUCUCCAAAGAAAAUAUGGUUUUUAAUGUUUUUGUUUGUUAACACUGGUUGUGUGUUUUGGCUUAUCUUUCUUCAUUGAGAAUUCUGCAUUAUGAUGGCCAUUGUGGUUCUGAUUGCUGAAUAUCUCUGCCUUUUUCACAAUUGUUCUAUUUAUUUCUUUCUUAAGCUAACAAAAAGGUUACGCUGAUACAUGAUAACUAGCCAUGCCUGACAUCAGAUGAACACCUUGUCAAUGCAAAAAAUAACCAAGUGGUAUAAGUUAAUGUCAUUUACGUAUUUGACACAUACUUGUCUAUUCAUUAUAUGAAAUAAAUUCGAAGUAAGAUUAUUGUUAAUUACUUAUUAAAAAUGAACUAAACUACCAAGAUAUGUCAAAAGUAUACUUUGUACUUGUAUAUACAUAAUUCAGAAAAAUAAAACAUGUAUCACAAUA